AUGGAACAGCUAUAUGUCGACAUUAGUGCCAUGCGGGGUGUGCUUCAACUCCAUGGGGAAGUGUUUUUGGGUUUCUGCCUCAUUACCAUGGAUGUGACUUGCCGCGUGAGUAGCCUGGAGGGCACUGCGGAUGAAGCACGGAAAAGUGACCAUCUGUGUGGUUUGGACCGGUGGGUGGGUAACCACAGGUGUGCCACCAUAGAGGUGCGGGUUGGUGCUCGGAGCACAAAUGGACCUGUGCUUGGCGACCGGUGUGGAGGAAGCGGGCUGAUCAUGGCGGCCAACACCGAGUCCAUGUCGGUUCCCACAGCUACUGAAGGAGUUACUACCCGUCACGGGGGGAGUGGUGGCAACACUGCACACGCUUCAACCAGCAGUGGCAGGGAUGAGGCGAGUGCUGCCAGGGAUGUACCUAAUCUGGUUGGAUCUCCAAAGUGGACUACCAUCGUUAAAAGAGGAAGGCCACUGCCUGCUGGCAAACCAGGAACCCACUUUCCUCCAACACCCAGAGCAAGGAAGCCAGGUAAAAAUCUGGCAAUUGUCGGAACAGGAGCUGCUGGUCACUACAUUAAAACAGUGACUACCAAACUGCCACUACAAGAGCUGCUGUUCACUCUGAUUCUUUUGUGCAAAUUUGACAAUGAGGGGCGCAGAUCCGAAAGGUCCUCAGAUUGUAGAGCUGCUGAAGAAGUCGUCUGUGGGGCUGCAGAGCACUUGAAGCCCACAUCCUCAGUUGUGCGUCCUGGAGAGAAGGAUGCUGCGGAGGCUGCUCCUUGUCCUCACGCGGCGCCCAGAGCGCGCACACGCGCACGGGCCUGGACGCCUCCCGGGACCCACCAACUGGCCCCUCGUCGGCAGUUGGUUCAACUCCUCUGGAAAGGAGGUCUGACGAGACAACACGAGGCUCUGGGUGAUUACCAUAACAAAUUUGGUAAAAUCUUCCGGAUGAAGCUUGGCUCCUUCGAGUCGGUCAACAUUGGCGCACCUUCCCUUUUGGAAGCGCUCUACGGAAGGAGGGGAAGUUACCCCCAGAGGCUGGAGAUCAAACCCUGGAAAGCCUACAUAGACAUGAAGAUGAGGCUACGGGCUCUCUUCUGGAGGGGAAGGACUGGCAGGCGGGUGCGCAGCGCCUUUCAGCACAAACUCAUGAAGCCCACAGAGGUGCUCAAGCUUGAUGGCAAAAUAAAUGAGGUGUUGGCAGAUUUCGUUGGGAGAAUUGGGAGAAUAAACAUCCAAGGGAAAAUUGAAGACUUGUACUUCGAGCUGAACAAAUGGUCGUUUGAGACCAUUUGCUUGGUCCUGUAUGACAAGAGGUUUGGACUGCUGCAAGAGGAAGUCAACAAGGAAGCGAUAAACUUCAUCACAGCUGUAAAAACAAUAAUGAACACCCUUGGCGAGUUGAUGGUCACACCGGUGGAGCUCCACAAGAGACUCAACACCAAAACAUGGCAGGACCACACUGCAGCGUGGGACCAAGUUUUCAGCACAGCCAAAGUCUACAUCGACAAGAAGUUGAAGCAGAAUGACGUCAGAGCACCAGAUGAUUUAAUUGGUGACAUACUGCACCACAGCUGCCUUUCCAAGAAGCAGCUUUACGCUGCCAUCACCGAGCUGCAGAUAGGAGGUGUAGAGACGACUGCCAACAGCAUGCUGUGGUUUAUUUUCAACAUGUCACGUAAUCCUGGCGCCCAGAGGAAGCUCCUGGAGGAGAUUAGAGAGGUGGUGCCACCUGACCAGGACCCCUGCGGACAUCACAUCAAGAGUAUGCCGUACCUAAAGGCCUGCCUGAAGGAGUCAAUGAGGUUGUCACCGUCAGUUCCAUUCACAAGCAGGACCCUGGACAAAGACACGGUGUUGGGAGAUUACACCAUUCCUAAAGGAACCGUUUUAAUGAUUAACAGCCAUGCAGUGAGUACCAGUGAGGAGUACUUUGAUGAUGAGAAGCAGUUCAAACCUGAACGCUGGCUGCGGGAGAAUAGCACCAUUAACCCAUUUGCCCACAUUCCUUUUGGUAUUGGAAAAAGGAUGUGCAUCGGCCGGAGGCUGGCAGAAUUGCAGCUGCAGCUGGCAAUGUGCUGGCUGGUGAGAGACUUUGAGAUUGUGGCAACAGACAACAAGCCACUUGACAUGAUCCAUUCUGGACUGCUGGUGCCCAACAGAGAGCUACCCGUCGCCUUCAUCAGCAGAUGAGAUAAGGUUUCACGUUCACCUUUACUCGAUCUUGUAAGAGAAAGACGAUACCUCUGCUGCCUUGGCCUUGACGGGCCGUUGACUCCCUGUAAUGCUGCUCUGUAAAUAGACAAAUUAUUAUACAUGUAAUCAUUCAAAAAAUACCUCACAAUUGUACAUAACACUAUUUAAAACUUAUACUUAAUGCAGUUAAUGAGUGAUGAAAAUGCCAGUUGUUGUGUAACAAGGCAGCUGUCUUAAAAUCUUAAUGAAAUGUUUUGCUUUGGACACAAAAUGUAAGAUUUUAUAGCUUAUUUUGCUGUUAUAUAAUGCAUGUUUUUCUUUAUGUACAUAUGAAUUGCAUUUACAGUGUUAUAAUGAUGUACAUGUACACUGUUUUGAGUAGAUUUGUAUUUUAUUCAUUUAAAUACAGUGAAAUCAGAAAUACAGUUACUGCAACCAUA